UUAGAUGAUGCAAUGAAGUGUACACGUGUGGAAGCUAGGGCCGGAAGAAGCUGAAGCUUGAGUCGAGGGUGUACCUUUCCUUAUCUUGUUCCUCCUCGUACCCUUCUUCACAAGUCACAAUUCUUCUCAAGUUUACCAAACUGUGUUUUCCUCUUGUCGUGUUCAAUUCUACUUCUUUCAUCAUUCUUUUGUCCCUUUUUAAGAAUUGGGGGUAUAACAUGAAUCAUCCUUCAUGCGGUUGAGGUGGUGUUUCUCUUCUCUUCUCAGUUCUCAAGACAAAGGCUAUCAGGUCAGGGGUUGAAGGUGAUGAGUGAUUAGGACAAAGAAGUUAAACCUUGCAGAUUAUGUGUGUUAAAUUACUUGAAGGCUCUGUAUUCUUUAGAGGAUGAAGUUAUUCAAUGAUUGUCUUGUUGUUGGUACUUGGUAGGUACCAAGUGGGACAGUAGGGUUUUAAUGUUGGUAUUAUUAGGUAAUUGCAUAAAAACAUUAUAAAUUGAGACAGGUCCGGACAAAUUACUAUUGCAGGAAGGAUAUUAUGAUCACCAUGGAUGUAAAAGGCAUAACUUGGGUUGGAAACAUAUACCAGAAAUUUGAAAAUAUGUGCUUGGAGGCAGAAGACAUGAUGUACGAGGAUACAGCUGAAUACAUAGAGAAUCAAAUGCAGUCUGUUGGGGCAAGUGUCAAAAAGUUAUAUUCUGAUAUUGUGGGCGAUUUACUUCCUUCAAUUGCAUGCGGUUUGGAUGAAAAGGAAGACUCUGAAUUGCCUGCAGAUCAAUGUACUGAUGCUGGGUUGCGUAAGAAGCCAGUCAAAAUUUUCAAGGAAAGACCUGCAAAGGCUAAUAUCAAGCAAACAACUGUGGAUUCAAGGAUUGAUAAGAAUGCUGAUAAUGAUUGCAUACAUGAUGCAUCAUAUGAUGGAACUUGUAAGACCGAUGUUUUGUUUAAGUCAUCUUCAAGAAAUUCUGUCAAAAAAAGCAAUUUUAUUUCACGUUCAAGACAGUACGUAGGGAGCAUGGAUAUUAAAUCAAAUCUUGGCGUUGAUGAAAAUCCAGUAAAUGAAAAAAUGGCUGCAACCAAGAUAUCUAAUGAAAUCACUUCGGCAGAAACCAAGAUAUUCAAUGAAAUCACUUCGGCAGAAACAGAUACGUGCAGACCAUUACAACGUUGUGAGAUCUCAAAUGAAGAUCAGAAUCAAAAUCAUGGAGCUAGAGUUUCAAAGCCAGCUUCAGCUGAAGUGACAAGCCUUGCUUCUGAAGCAGACCAUUGUAAUGAAAUUGAAAAUGCUUGUACUGAGCAGUUCCCGUAUGUUCUGGUUCAAGUUAAAUCAGCUGAAGAAAAACAGAUCGGUAUGAGUUCUUCUUGUGGUCCAUUUGGAGAGCGGGAUGAUUUCUCUAUGGAUAGAACAGUACAGUCAGAUGAUUGUUCUAAUAGCAUGGUGGUUCUAUCUUAUCCAGAACAAGGUAAAAAAAGCAUGCAAGAAGAUCAUCUAAAGCUUGAGGAAACUUGUGUUAUGGUAACCGGAGAUGAUCUCCAAGAAAUCGGUAAUCUGAAGACUAACAAGAAAACAAGGCGGCGGCAAGGCUUUUCUUUGUCGAAGAAGUCUGCAAGAAAGCAAGAGUACGAGGAGCUUGCAAUAUGGCAUGAGAACAAUUGUUUAGAUAAAACUUUACAUCAUAAGAAAUUACUGGUUCCUAGUGUGUCUGAAUCUGAAUGGGAGCUUCUGUAGAUAGAUACAUACAUGAAUGUAUAAACACAACAAUCCUACAAACUUUAUUUCCACUCUAAGUCCUUAUCAAGGAGAUUUCAAUAUUCCUACAAACAAAAUGAUAAUCUAUAACUUUUCUUAUUUUGUAACA